UCGCGCGCGCGCACACGCACACGCAGCGGCGACUGCUCGACUCGCGCGUUCAGAACAAGCCGUGCAGAGCUCGCGUUAAUUAAGCUGCGUAAACCGAAUGCGCUUGCAUCGUGUGAACCGGGAGCAACUGGCCCGUUCCUGACCGCCAGUCCUUCAGCUUGAGGGAAUGUUUUAUCUGUUUUUGCAGAACUCUCGUGAAUAAAUUGCUGCUAAUUCUAUUAAUUCUAUUAAUAUUUGAGCUCCAGAGAUCAUGAUCACCGCUUAUGACUCCAUGAAUAAUGAUCGAGUCACGCGUGAACCGGAUGUAAGGAAGACGUUAUAGGCUAUAUUUGAUUCUGCACGCUAUCCUUCAUUCAUUCCCAACAUGUCUCAUGCAGAAGUAGAGGUGUCCGGCCUCGGAUUCCCGAGUUUACCUGUUGAUCUGGACGCGGACUGUCUGUCCCGAGUGCCGCCGCUGCGCGCGCACGCGCUCAGCGCCAGAAGGAACUCGUACGUGCUUCAUAAACUGGAGCUCGAGCCGCAGUUUUACAGCGCGCCGUCAUGGUCCGACGAAAAUAUCUUACCCGAGAGCCGGGCGGAGGAACCCAAAGCCGCGCGCGCUCCUUCAUCCCCGGCGUCUCCGCAGCCCUCAGCAUCCAAAGCGCAGUGGGACGCAGCGGAUCCGGUGUCCGCGGGGCACGGGGCGAGCUCGGAUUCAGACAUCGAGGUCACGAAAAGCAGCCACAAGCUGAUCAAAAGACUCGAAAGCCGAUGGGAGCAAGACGAGAAGGAGGACGUGGAGACCAAAGCCGUGGCUACAUCUCCUGAUGGUCGAUACCUGAAGUUUAACGUGGAGAUCGGAAGAGGAUCGUUUAAGACGGUCUAUAAAGGUCUGGACACGGAGACCACAGUGGAGGUGGCGUGGUGCGAGCUGCAGACACGGAAACUGACGAAAAUGGAGCGCCAGCGGUUCAGUGAAGAGGUGGAGAUGUUGAAGAAUCUCCAGCAUCCAAACAUUGUUCGCUUUUAUGACUCCUGGAAAUCCACAGUGAAAGGACAUAAGUGCGUCUUGCUAGUCACAGAACUUAUGACCUCUGGCACCCUCAAAACGUACCUGAAACGCUUUAAGGAAAUGAAGCCAAAGCUUCUCCAGCGCUGGAGCCGUCAGAUACUAAAAGGGCUCCACUUCCUGCACACUCGAGCUCCUCCUAUCAUCCACAGAGACCUGAAAUGUGACAACAUCUUUAUUACGGGACCCACAGGGAGUGUGAAAAUUGGCGAUCUUGGACUUGCUACACUCAAAAGAGCAUCAUUUGCUAAGAGCGUAAUCGGAACACCAGAGUUUAUGGCUCCAGAGAUGUAUGAGGAAAAAUAUGAUGAGGCUGUCGACGUGUACGCAUUUGGGAUGUGCAUCUUAGAGAUGACUACAUCAGAAUACCCGUACUCAGAAUGCCAAAACGCAGCACAAAUCUACCGCAAAGUCACAAGUGGCAUGAAACCAGACAGCUUCUACAAAGUGAAAGCACCCGAGCUAAAAGAGAUUAUAGAAGGAUGCAUACGGAUGAACAAAGAUGAAAGAUACACCAUUCAAGACCUGCUGGAGCACAUAUUCUUCCAAGAGCACAAUGGUGUGCACGUGGAGCUGGCAGAAGAGGAUGACAUGGAGAAGUCCAGCCUGAAGCUUUGGCUGCGCAUGGAUGGCACCAAGAAGCUCCAUGGCAAGUACAAAGACAACAAUGCUAUCGAGUUCCUGUUUGAGCUCUACAAGGACGUGCCUGAAGAGGUGGCACAGGAGAUGGUGGUGCUGGGAUUUGUGUGCGAAGCCGACUACAAAUUAGUUGCCAAGGCAAUGCGGGACCGAGUGACAGCCAUCAAACGGCAGCGUGAGAGACAGCGUCGGAUACGUGAUGAGGAGAAGAAGAAGCAGGAGGAGAUGAUUGAGGAAGAACCUGAGUCGUCUUUGCCUAAGCCCACUGGCCAAGUGCUGGAUAGUCCCAUCUCUUCUCCAUUGCAGAUUUCACCCACUCUGCCUCUUCAUGACCCUCCUGCUGUCUCUCCGGGUAUCUCUCUAGAUUAUAGGAUCACCGGGGGCUUUUUACAAGAGCCAGAAGAACCAGAGGCCGACCAACACUUUCACAUCUGCCACACCAGCUAUUCCUCAAUUACAUCUGACUGUGAGACAGAUGGGUACCUCAGUCCCUCUGGCUUACAAGAUGGGCUUGACGCUGCUAUAGGAAACAUUUGCAGCCCUUCUACCCCACCCUCUAAUUUGGCCACACCCCCUAUCACACCCACCUCAACUCUACCAAUGCCACUUCUCCGCUUUCCCUCGAGCAUUGCAGUGUGUAAUAAUAUAGACAAAAAAGUAUCAGGGCCUCCCAGUCCUUUCUCCUCAUCUGUGGACAGCUAUGCUUCAGAUGUGACCUCAGGUUUGAGUGACGGCUAUGAGGGCCAAUCAGAGAGGGGCAGUAAGUCAGCUGCCAGACGGACAGCAACAAAACUGUUCAAGAGAAGGGCCCGGUCCCGUCUGCGCAUCACAGGGCUGUCUGAUAAAGUGGACCGGGUGGUGGAGUGUCAGCUUCAGACACACAAUGAUAAAAUGGUCACCUUCAAAUUUGACCUUGAUGGCGACAACCCUGAAGACAUCGCUGCCGUUAUGGUGCAUAAUGAGUUCAUCCUCCCCUCUGAGAGAGAUGGAUUUAUUCACCGAAUACGUGACAUCAUCAAGCGAGCCGAGUCUCUAAUGUGCAAAGAUUUGGCUGGGCAACAGGGCAAAGUAGAAGGCACGCAUUUCCCACAGCAUAACAUCACCAGCUCCAUUUCCUCAUCGCAGCCAAACCUGUACAAUCUUGCUCGGACACAUUCCACGUCCUCGCUUCCAGAGUCCCGUGGCUCAGUAGCAGGGCAGAACGGAGACGUUACAUCACCAGCACGAUCCCUGUUACGUUCACAGUCCUUUCAUAACACACUGGGAACUUCACGCCCAUUCCAUACCACGUACCCAUCCAGUCCCACCAUGUCCCUUUCAAAUCUUGGCCACAUGCACCAGUUUCCAAUGUCCGUUAUGAACACCACUGCUCAACUUCCCUACCUGUAUCCACCAAAUCCUGGCUCCCCUAAGACUGCUCAUCCUUCGCAGACACACAUUCCCAGUAACCCUUCCCACCUCAUGUCUGCCUCUCCUGGCCCUCAUGUUUCAGAUUCCACCAACCCCACUGCCGAUGGCAAUCCUAUGACCUCACACAUGCCCACCAUAUGGGCGCCCCAAACGCCUCCGCUUUUCUCCUUGGCAAACAUGAUCUCCAUGGCCAUGAGUAUGGCUCAGUCCUUCAUCCCUGCCCCUAACUUGCCAACCCCUAUGGUUCCACCCAUGCCCUCUCUUCCUGGCUUUCCUCCACACAUCAACCAUGCUGUGCCACCCCAGGCUGGGUAUCCUAUGGCAUAUCCACCCCCAUAUACACUGCCUGUCCAAGCAGGGGGCAUAUACCCACCAUGCAAUCCAGACGCCCAAAAUCUGAAUCAGGAUGCAGUGUAUGGGUUUGCUCCAAGAACACAUUCCACAUUUACACAUGCACCUGGGAUAUCCAUGCAUACAGAUACUCAUGUGCAACAAAUGUUCAACAGCGUCCCACAGAAAGGGGUUCAGGGUGGUUUUCCUACACACAUCCAGCAGCACUCUACGGAUUAUUCUCUGCCACAAGGAUAUACAGAAACUGUUCCCAGACCUUCACUGGAUCAAUCAAGCCUCUCCAGAUCAUCUUCCUCUGGACUAUCAUCUUCCCCAAGACCCAGUCCAGAGAGUAUGGCUUCUUCCUCCAGUCCAAGAUCCCUUUCCCCAUCAGUGGAACCAGACAUUAGUAGCAGUAUGUGUGAGCUCAGAAAAUCCCCUGAGCCAAAACCAGUAGUUACAGUUGGGCGCUUCCAGGUUUCACCUACCAAGGAGAUCCCACCUAUCCCUUCACUUACUGACAAAAACCCCAGCACUCCUCCUGCCCUGACACCUGUUUCACCAGACACGGCAACCAACAUUUCCAUUUGUUCCUCCCAUGAUAAUCAAACUAAGAGGCCAACAGGGUUAGAGAGAAAUGAAAUCUCCACCCUAAGCACCACCUUCUCUCAGCACCUCCACAUCGAUGUUGCUCAAGCUCAUCACUUCCCCUUGAAUGCUACUCAUGACCAAAAACAAUCAUUGGGCCUUGAGCAGAAAUUGUUAUCUGAGGCUCCUCAUGAUGCUUUCUGCCUCAAUGAACAAUCUCAACAAGACAGUAGUAAAACAACCUGGACUGAUGAGACCAAAGAAGAGGAGAAAAAGGAAGCACAGCAGAGUGGUGACGAGGAGCCAGAUGAAGAUGGCAAGGUUCAGGAGGAGCAGCAGCAAAGGAAGAAGAAAACUCGAAGACUUGGUUCUAUACAGUCUCUGACUGGAACAUCAGUGGACAGCGGGCUUUGUGUCAUUAUGGAUCCAAAUGGGAGUCUGGGGGAUGGGAUUAUGGACAGCCCUCAAUGUCCUGUCCCUCACCACAACAUGUGGAUGAGCUAUGCACGCACCAAUUCCUACAUGAGCAGUGACGAAUCUGAAAGUGACGACGAGGAGAUGUGGGAUGAGCUGCAGGAGCUGAGGGAGAAGCAUUUGUUUGAGGUGCAGUCUCUGCAGGCGAUACAGAAGCAAGAAAUAGCAGAGCUUUAUGAACGGAUGGGGAAAGUUCCUCCUCCAUGCAUCCUCUCACCAGCAACCAUGUUGUCCAGUCGGCAGCGUCGGCUGUCGAAGGGAGGAGGCUUUCCUUCAUCUCGUCGCAACAGCCUUCAGAGACUGGAUAUUCUCCCUAUGACAGGGAUAAUGCGAAAGAACUCUGUAAGUGGCAGCAGCAGUAGCAGCAGUUCACAGGAACGACUUGCUAAAGGCGUGACCUUCACUCCUGACCUUACCAGAAUGUAAACCAAGCUGUUGGCAGAACGAGACCAGACUACCUCAUCCAGCACAUGCCUGCUGUCCUCUUACUCAUCCUACUGAGGAAAGAAGACUUUACACAAAAAACGCUUUACGCUGCUCAUGGUGUUCAGACAGUUGUCGGGUCUCAGUCACUGUCCCUGAUGAUGCUAGCAGCAUUUCAAAACUGUUAGCCUGCAACCCAAGGAAAACAUAUUCUUAACUCUAGAGCAUAAUCCACACUGUGGUCUUGAAUCCUAAAAUAUGCGACCAUGUCUACAGACUCUGCUGUUGUGUACAGUGCAGUGUACGUGCUACAAAUCAUGUUUCACUGAAAUAGACGUCCACUACUCACUACUGCCAUGCAAAACUGUGCUCCUGCAAGGAUGCUGUUGUUGCUGCCAUUUCUGUGGUGAGCUCAGUGACGCAAGAGUUAACGCGCAUAUUUCUGAUAGCUCACCAGUGGCUCAUUAGUGACUCAGGCCUGGCCAUGUCCUUUGCACUUUUCUAAAAUAAACCGCUUGUAGAUGCAGCUGUCAGACCUGCUGAACAGGCAUGUGAUUCCUCUGGCUGUGCGCAUGUGAGUGCGAGAGAGAGAGAUUGAGAAAAUAUAACAGUGCAUCUCUCCUCAAUAUUUCCAGACUUUGCUGUCGUAAAAAUAUGAUAUUUAACAGUUAUUCCACGAAAUCAAGUGGUACAUGAGCUGAUAGCUGAUGAGGCACAUAGCACCGAGUUGGCUAUAAGCCAUGUAUGGUGAGAUUGAGUGGAAUAACUGUUUUAUUCUAUCCACAUUCACUGGAUUUUGAGAAACGGAGCAUUUUUAUUUUUUGCAAAUUCGAUAAAUAAAAACUUUACACAAAACGUCUGACAAAAUCAUUUCCGUUUCGAAUGUAAACAAACCAGAGAAAUAACAGUAGCAAUUUGUGAAGAAUGCAAUAAUUCUUGAAAAAUAAAAAAAGAUAUGCUCUUACCAUCAAUUACUUUUAUUCCAUAUUUUGUUGCUUUUUUUUUUUGUAUUUCUUGAGGUUUUGUUUUCACAUAGAUUUUAUUUCAUCCUUGGUUGGUUCAGAAACACGCGCCACCAUUUUGUUUUUCUCUACUCACAGUAUAUGUAGUAGCAGCCAAUCAGAGCGCAUGAUUUCUCAUAUCCAGUGAAUGUGGCUAGAAUGAUAGUCAAUAAUCCUGAUCAAAGAAAACCAAUUUAACAGGACAGUAAAGUGCCGCCUGAUAUACUGUAUACUUUGUCAAUGUGCGUUUUAGUUUCUGGGGUAACUUUUCUGCUAUACGUGCCUUUUUUUUAUAAACUUCUGAUUGCUUUAUUAAUGUGAACCAAAACUGGAGGUAAUGACCUGAUUGUUGUACAGUUGCGUGUUAUAAAAGCCUUGUCAUGACUCAAGAUAUUUUUUGAGAGAUUUUCAAACAGUGCAGUUCAGUUCUACUCUUAUUCGUGUACAUAGAUAUAAACACUUUUUUUUUUUUGGAUAUACAUACCAUACUGUGCAAAAGCCUUAGGCACAUGUAAAGAAAUGCUGCCAACCAAGAAUGGCUUAAAAAUAAUGAAAUGUUUCAACAUAAUUUUUUUAAAAAAAUACUAUAAACAGUAAGCAGUAAUCAGUCAAUAUUUGGUGUGAGAUGACCCUUUGCUUUAUAUACACACAGUAUAUUAAAAAAAAAAGUCUCAGGUACAAUAAGUGCAGUUUUAUAAGGAAAUGAGUUGUAGGUUUUACUUAGCAUCUUGCAGAACCAGCCACAGUUCUUCUGGACACUUUGUCACACUUGCUUCUUCAUUUUGCACCAAAACCCAGUAGCCUUCAUUAUGCUUUCUUUUUUCAUCUGAAAAGUGCUCUCUUAUGUAAUAUGCUGCUCAGAUACAAACUUAUUUUUCUGUAACGUUUAAUUUUGUGCUGAAAAACGAAUGUUUGGACUCAAAUGUUUUUGUACUGACUCAAUAAUGUAGGUCAUAAAAUAGAAAUCUACAACAAAGUUUGGAUGGAAAAAAACCCCAAACCAAUAGGGUGCCUAAGACUUUUGCACAGUACUUUCAUGAUUCACUGAUUAUAAAGAUGUAUGGAGGCUACUAAUCGACCAAAAUGCACACAGCACUUAUACAGCAUUGCCUAUGGUAAAUAGUUAUAGUUCUCUCUCUGAUGGUUUCGCUCAUUUUGCCUGGAUGCACUUUGGUUUGAAGAUCUUUCUGUAUUACUUGGGAAAUCAAUGCUCGAGCUUAACUGGUUUAAAAAAAAAAGUAUUGUUUCAUGAACAUAUGUUUUGUAAUCCAUUUCUUACCUAAAGGUAUAUGCUGACUUAAAUGAUGUUCAAGGGGAAAAAUCUUACAUCAGGUUGUUUAAAUUAAAAAGAAAAAGUCAUAUAGCUUAUUGUCCCUGCAUUAAUUUAAAAAAAUCAUUUUCAUUCAAUAAUUAAUAACGAACUGUGAAAAAUCACAUGCUGCCUUUAAAUAAACAGUGAAUUUAAAAAUGUGACAGUUUUACAGAAUGUGAUGCUUGUUUGCAAAGCUGCUGUACUGCCAUGUAUUGUCUUCUUUUUCCUCUUUUUUUCAACCCAAGAUGAAUUUGGAUAUACUUAAUGCAAAAAACCCAGAUUUGUACAAUAAAAUGUA